AUGAAUUCAAUUAAUUCCAAUGCCAAAAGCUGACUGUUAUGCCAUAGUAUAAUGUUUAAUAAAAAUAUUUUGAUUUCUGGAAGGAAUAGUAGAAAUUUUUUGUUAUACUCAAUUGAUAUUGACUCUUUCUCGAUAAUUCCUCAUGAGUUUACAGAAACAAGAAAGAUCCUGAUAAAUGCAAAGAGGAUGUAUUUGCUAUUGUGGAAAAAAUAUUAUGAAUUUACUUGAGUAUAA